AUCAGUGAUUGGCUGGGCCGUCCUCCUACGUCAGACGGAAGCAGUGCGACAAUUUGUACUUCCGGAGUCAGGACACUUCGCCUGCCAUGUGUAUGAUAGAAAAACAGAGAAGGGGCUGAUUUUAUAUAGGUUGAAUGAGAAAAUAAACGCGCUGCUUGUUCUCAGUUCGCUGCCGACGAGAGAAAAGGAAGUCUGAGCAGGCCGAGGAAGGGGUCAGACCAGAUGUCAAAAGUAAAAUAGCAACACUAGCGGCAAAAGUAGCGAGGCGGUCUGGUUUCUUAACUAAAAGCUAGUUUUAACAUGGCUCUGUACGUGAACGCCGCAGAGAUCCUAGAGAAAGCCGAGAAGAAGCAGGGCGCUUUGAAAACUCUGGUUUACGACAGUAAAUUCCCGAAUAUCAAGCAGCUGUUCGCCCUGGUCUGUGAGACCCACAGGUUUUCCUCUGUCCUGCAGAAGAUUAUUGAGUCCACUAAGUUGCUCAAACAGACCAAGAUGAAGAUGCCCCUGGCCAAAGUGCUGGUGUACGACCUGGUGAUGGGCCGGGGGCUCAAAUGCGGCGGCUCCUGGAAGACCAUGAUGAUGAAGCAUCGCUCCAGGCUGCAGGCGGAGCUGGCCCGCAUGAAGGUAAAGCAGAAGGUCAGCAGGCAUGAAGACCUGCUCCCGGCCAGCGUCCAGCAGCUCACCGGGGACCGGUUGCCCAGGUAUGUGCGUGUGAACACCCUGAAGACCACCGUGGAGGAUGCUGUGGACUACCUGAAGAGGGAUGGCUUCUCCUACCUGGGACAGGCUUCCGGACCGGAUGACUUACCAUUAAAGCAGAAAGACUUUGUGAGGGACCAGCACCUCCCGGAGCUGCUGGUCUUCUCUCCUAGAGCAGACUUCCAUGACCACUUCCUGUACAAGGCUGGCCACAUUAUUCUGCAGGACAAAGCCAGCUGCCUCCCUGCCUAUCUCCUCAACCCCCCACCUGGCAGCCAUGUCAUUGAUGCCUGUGCCGCCCCCGGUAACAAAACCAGCCACCUGGCAGCCAUCAUGAAGAACAAGGGCAGGUUGUUUGCUUUUGAUUUGGAUGCUAAGCGCCUGGCCACCAUGUCGACCCUCCUGCUCCGAGCUGGGGUCACCUGCCAGCAGCUGGCCAACCAGGACUUCCUGAAGGUAGACCCUGACAGCCUGCAGUAUAAAGAUGUUGAGUAUAUCCUGCUGGAUCCCUCCUGCAGUGGUUCAGGGAUGGUGUGCCUCAGGGACAGCACCUCUGCGGACCAAGAGAAGGACCAGGCUCGUCUGGCCUCUUUGGCCUCCUUCCAGCUGCGGUGUCUGAACCACGGCCUCAGGUUCCCCCACCUGAAGCGCCUGGUCUACUCCACCUGCUCCGUCCACAGCCAGGAGAACGAGGAAGUCAUAACGGCCUGUCUGCAGCAGAACCCUGGCUUCAGGUUGGUUCCUUUGCUGGCUCAGUGGCCUGAACGAGGCCUGGAGCCGCUCACUCAGUGUCUGCGAGCCAGCACCACCAAGACCCGCACACACGGCUUCUUCGUGGCUCUGCUGGAGAAACACAGUGAGCCUGGGAUUACAAAGCAGGAACCAGCUGUUCAGAUAAGACCAGAGGUAAAGACACCUAGUCCACCUGUCUCUGAGGAAAGACCUGCAGCUAUAGAUGAAGGGUCUGAAGCUUCUGAGAUGGAGGACAAACCAUCACCUGCUGCAGGACAGACUGACUUUACAGCUGGCAAGAAAAAGAGGAAGAGGAGGAAGAAGAAGAAGAAGGCGGCAGCAACAAUGGAGUAAAAUGUAAAACAGGACCUUUACUUCAUGUCUGUGAAGGUGCUUAUUCAUUUCUGAUAGACAUACGGGCAGUGUGACUAAAAAGUAAAGCAGUUUUUUCCCCACUG